AUGCCGCUUUCUUCCACUGAAAAAGAUGGUUUAAACUACUUCAUCGAACAAGCUCUGCCAUUGUAUAAAGCACCAUCAAGAAAGACAAUAACUAGUAUCACAYUUACUACAGAUAUAUGGGCUGAUAAUAUCAAUGCCAAAAUUUAUCUUGGUAUUACAGCUCAUUUUCUAAGUUUGUGCAAAUUAAAGUUAGAAAGUGUGGUACUUUAUGAGCGUCAUACAUCUGAAAAUAUUGCCAAGUGGCUGGACAGUGCUCUUCAAGAAUGGGGUAUUGAAAAACGUCAAAUUUUUUUGGUCGUAACUAACAAUGGUUCUAAUAUUAAAAACACCGUGAGCGUGUGUUUUGGUAAGGCUAAACAUUUGCCAUGCUUCGCACAUACRAUAAAUCUUGUAGUACAAAACGCAUUGGACAACACUGCCAAUACUGCUACUUUAAUAAAUAAGGUAAAACAUUUAGUUACAUUUUUCAAGCAAUUUGUAUCUGCAUCUGACGAGAUGCUUAAAGUCUGCAUUUAA